AUGAUCGAAGAUGACACAUCUGAUUAUUUUAGGAGAAAUAACUUAUAUGGAGAGUCACAGGUGGUUUUGGCUGAGAUCCUAAAUCCAGAGCUUCUUAAGAAUAGGAAUUAUCAAGAUGGUGGCGGUGGUGACGCCCUUGCAUGUGGAACCCCUCCAUCAUGGCAGGGCCUGCGGGAAGUGAAGUUCUCAGAGGAACCCCCAGAAGUUUACGGUGACUUGGAAUCCCAGAAGGCCAAAGAAAGGUCUACGGUGGGAAGAGAAACCCAGCCAGAAGAGUUUCAGCCAGAUUCUGCAAAAGAGGAAGGGAGAGAAAGUGCCUACUACCUUCGGUCUCGACCCCAAGCAGUCGAAGAGAUGAACACGCGAAGGACUGCCCACCUUCUGCAACCACACGCACAGCAGCCUCCGCUAGAGCCGUCACAGGUUACGAGCCAGAGAGGGUUGCGGGGCUCUCUAGCCUCUGAAGAAGAUGAACCAUCUUUUCAAACUGUUACAAACCAAGCAGUCUCAAAGAAAUCUGUCAGAACACAAGAAGCUGCAGUGACCAGUGAAGAUCCUGUAAUUAGCCUUUGUAGACCCCCUCUGAGAAGCACAAGAUCUGAUUCAGCAAACAGAACAAAUGAAAAUACUAAGAUGAAUGAAUUAGAAGCCUCCAGGGUCGAACAGAAGGUCAAUUUCUCUGAAGAAGGAGAAACUGAAGAUGACAACCAAGGCGGUUCUUACAGUGAUAGCACUACUAUUAAGGUCAGAUCUGGGGAUUCUGUUGAAUCUGGAGAUCAAACCACUAGAUCAUCUGGUCAAUGUCCAGAAUCAAUUCGGAGAUUACCCCAAAGUCUUGACUCCACAGCUCGUAAUAAGCAAUCUUCAGUGCUGAGCUCAGGAUAUCAAAAAACCCCUCAGGAAUGGUUUGAACAACAAAUAACAAUGAGAACUAGAAUGCAAAGUGACAACAUUCAGAUGUCAGAGCUUGGAAACCAGUCUCCAUCCCUCUCCAGCCAACAAGUAGCUGAACAGCCCCAAAAUGAAUAUUUUUUCAAGAAGAAAUGGUUUUUGUGCCUACUUGUUGUAAUAAGUGUUCUUGUCUUUUGGAAUUUUUCUUUUAUUCAUACGCCUGGGGUAGAAACUGCUGCUGUUAAAAUGUUCCAGAACCAGAUGAAACAACUUAGAAAUAAGUACCAAGGUCAAGAUGAGAAGCUGUGGGAAAGAAGCCUAACAUUUCUUCAGAAACAUCUUAAUAGAUCCCAUCCACAGCCUCAGCCUGCUGUCUUACUGCUCACUGCUGCCCAAGAAGCUGAGGAAGCACUUAAGUGUCUGAGUGAACAAAUUGCUGAUGCCUAUUCUUCCUUUCGGAGUGUCCGUGCCAUCCGGAUUGAUGGGACAAGCAAAGCUGCUCAAGACAGUGAUGGUAUCCAACUGGAGGUACAUCUGGAAUUGAGCAAUGGUUUCACAAAUGGCCAGAAUGCAGCUGUGGUGCACUGCCUUGAAUCACUGCCUGUAGGCUCUACUUUAAUUUUUGAUAAAUAUUGUGAUUAUGAAAAUGCAGCCUUCAAAGAUGUAGCCUUAGUCUUGACUGUCCUAUUGGAGGAGAAAACCCUUGGAACCAGUCUAGGCCUAAAGGAAAUUGAAGAAAAAGUGAGAGAUUUCCUCAAAGUUAAAUUUACCAGCUCCAGCAACCCGAGGUCCUAUAAUCAUAUGGACCCAGACAAAUUUAAUGGGCUUUGGAGCCAUGUAUCUCACUUUGUCCUGCCUGUACAGCCUGAAAAUGCUCUGAAAAGGGGCAUCUUCUUGUUAGGGAUGAAAGAAGGAAAAAUCAUGCCUCAAAUCUAA